CGGCGGAGUUGUUAAAAAAAACAAACAUCCGCAUCUUCUGUUGUCGUUGACCCUGUUUUAAGAUGCUUUGCUGGUGUGACUAGAAAGCUAAACUGAGAGGCUCACGAUGGCGGAGAUUGCUGAGGCAUUCAUGUUGAAGGUAACGGCUGGAUUAGAUGAGCAGCUUGCCGAACUUGACAAGAAAAUUACAAGGUUUAAUGCUGAUGUCACACCCCAGAAUGAGAAGCUCCUGAAUGAUAUCGGGACCGUUCACCACCGAUGUGAAGAGCUACAUGACGAAAUUCAGGGUCUACUAAAUAAGCAAGGAGAACGGGAGAAAGCUGCGAAGGAGAGACAAGAUGAAUACGACAAGAACCACCUCUUCAAGUCGCCCAUCUCACCAAGCAGCAACCCCAAGACGAUCCAUGAACUCUAUGAAGAGAUGGACCUCCUCGACAUCGAUUCAGAUGAAGACAAUGACCACGACAGUGGCAAUGAGAUGGGCGAUGGUGACAAUGAUGACGUGCAUUCUGAAGAUGAGAUCAUCUUCAUUGGAAAAACUGACCUUCCUCCAACAAGCCAGAAGCGAUCAGCUAAUGAGGCACGGUUGACGCCACCCAACCCUUUAAGUCGACCAGUCGGACCCAUGGACAAGGAGACUGUAGGAAAGACAGCAACACCGCCACGUACUUCACCACAGAAAGCCACACCCGUCUCCAAACUCAACACGAUAACACCUCAAUCAUCAUCAUCAUUACCAAGUACUCAGGAGUCCCCGAAGGCAGCUAGUGUGUCCCCUGUCACCUUAGCAUCGAGAACAUCCUCCACGACAGCACCUGUCAUGACCCAGACUGUAACGGUUGAAAGUGCAGGAAGCACUCCCGGUAGAACCACUGUUGCCAAGGUUCAACAAGACGGGAACACAAGCACUAUAGUUAUACCAGCAUCCAUGCUUCCUCGGCCGAAGAACUUGCCAAACGCACAACAGUCCAACGCGCCAUUGCGUUUCCUCAUGCUGACCACUGCUAAGAAUGCAGCUGGUCAGGAGGUAAAGAGCGUGAAGACUUUGCUCUUGCAGAAUCCUCAAGGGGUACCCCUCAAUGGCCAAGUUGUCUUGAAGAUCCAAGAUGGACAACAGAAUCAGCUGAUGCAGCCAUCAUCACAGGUCCUUCAGGUUUUGCCACAUGGCAAGGCUCAAGGAACCCCUUCUGCUCCUGCAGGAAAACGUCCUCCAGGAUCUGCAGAACCUUCCAAGACUUCUUCCGAGGUUGUGGAGAUCGUUGACGACGACGAUGACAUUGUGAUGGUUAGUAGCACUCCAGCAACCUCUGCUGCCAAGAAGAGUACUCCCGUCAAAGCUAUGGCCAGAGCACCAUCGGCCAUUCCUGGACAAGAUGGAAGUCCUGGAAAGGUUCGUCAAGGAGUUCAACUGAUCCAUGGGGCUGACUAUGAUGCUCAUCUGAUGGAAGGAGAAGAAAUGAUGUUUGGAGAUGAUGAAGCAACGUUGCCAGGGCUUGUUGAAGGCAAGAAGGUGUUGGCCAAAGGGGAAGAGAGUUUCUGGUAUCAGGGCAUACUCAUUGGACCUCCUAUACAUCAUAAAGGAAUGAAAAAGUAUAAAGUGAAAUUUGAGCAUGGACGCAAACGGCUGUUAUCCAGCAAGUUUUUGGCUGUCAUCACAUCUUCCAAACCAGCAGACCUUGCCGUGGGUAUAAGGGUAGUUGCUUCUUACCUGGUGGAGGAGGGAGCCAAGACAAAAGGAAUGUAUGCUGGAAUUAUAGCAGAGGUCCCGAUGAAGACGAAUAGAGGAAGAUAUUUGGUGUUUUUUGAUGACGGGUAUGCUCAGUAUCUUUCAUGUGAUAAGAUCCAUAUUGUCUACCAUUCAAGUGCGUGUGUUUGGGCGGAUGUAGAUAUUUUCUCACGGAAUUUCAUCCGUGAGUACCUCGAUAAAUACCCUGACCGGGCCAUGGUCAAUCUGAAGAAAGACCAGUUAGUCAUGACAGAGUGGAAUGGCAAAUGGUGGAAUGCUCGAGUACUGGAGGUUCAAGGAAGUCUUGCUAACAUGCUGUUUGCAGCCACCCCAUCACGGAGAGCAGAGACCGAAUGGAUUUACAGAGGAUCCACUCGGCUCAAACCCCUUCUUGACUUGGGUGACAAGAAGAACGCUGGGAUCAACACUGUUCCUACCCCUGAACAACUGAAACACAAUCUUCCAUAUGUAGAGAUGACGAAGGUUCAUUCAGACCACAUCUUGCCAGAACGACAGAUACCUCAACCCAAGCCAGCAAUGCUGGGAAGUCUUAAUAAUCAACAAUCACCUUCGAUGACAUCAUCAUCGUAUCACUUCUCACAGCUACUACAACAGUGCGCACAGCAGACUGCAAAUGCUCCCUCGUUUGCCAAAAAAUCCUCAUCGUCCGCCAGCUCUGUUAGCACUUCAUAUGAGAGCAGCAGGAAUGAACAUAAAAAGAAGAAAAAGAAGAAGAACAAGCACAGGGAAAGAAGGAAAGAUCGGUAUGAAGAGGAUAAACUGUUUGAACCAGAGACUCGAGUAGAUCGUUUCGUGAGGAAGGAGCGACUUAGAUAUGUCCCCCAUGUUUGUAGUCCCCUCUGCCUUGGAUCAACGCCUCAAGUGGUUGAUCGUACUCGGAACCCACUCCUGGUACCCCUGGAUCUGGGCUGGGUGAGAGAGCUAUGUAAGCAGGGCGGGAGCAGCUACAAGAGACACGUCGUCUACAGGGCGCCUUGCGGGAAGAGUCUGUGUUCCUUUGAUGAUGUUUCCAGAUAUCUAAGAGAAACCAAAUCGGAAGUGUUAUCUAUAGAUCGAUUCACCUUUGCGUCACAUGUCCACAUCAGUUUCAAACAGCGGAAUACCAGACAGAAUAGUCGUUUCUAUUACAUGGAGCUUCCUGACCUGUCGAAUGGUGUCGAGAAAGUUCCUGUGUCUUGUGUGAAUGAGUACGAUACCGAUGAGCCACCUCCCCUGAAAUACAUGACGGAGCGUCAGGCGGUCUUGAGGGGGUCAAAGGUCAACACAGAUCCAAACUUCCUCGUAUGCUGUGAAUGUACCGAUGAUUGUUCAGAUGCUAGUAAGUGCGCCUGUAGGCAGUUGACAAUUUCAUCAUCAGCGUGGACACGGGAUGGCAAGCCUAAGCCGGAUGUUGGAUACAAGAACAGACUACUCAAAGAUCAAGUCCAAACAGGGAUAUUCGAAUGCAAUGAUAAUUGCAAAUGUUCAAAUCGCUGUGAGAAUAAGGUUGUACAGAACGGGCUUUCACUGAGAUUACAAGUCUUUAAGACAUAUGACAGGGGAUGGGGUAUACGUUGCUUAGACGACAUACCCAAAGGCAUGUUUGUUUGUACGUACGCCGGUCAGAUAUGGAAUGAGGAAGAGGCAAAUCGGAAAGGAAAAGAGCACGGGGACGAGUAUUUCGCCGAGUUAGACUUCAUCGAGAAUGUGGAGGCCAAGAAGGAAGGUUAUGAGAGCGACGUCGAGGAUCCAAUCGACAAUGACCUUUCCGACAAGGAUUCAGAUGACUCUAAUCAGAAAACUCAAAGUUCCUCAGAUGAAGACUUUAAUACAGCUCAAUCAGAACUGUCUAGCGACGAUUCUGCUGACAUCAUCAACCCUUCAUCUAAGGCUAAUACCAAGGAUUCAACCAAUCAAAAGGAGUCAUCCGGUGGAACUCGGCUGGUCUUACGAAGACAAUCUGAGAGCACAGAUCAAAGUCAAUGGUCUGUAUCUCUAGCCAGUCCCAACGCGAAGAAGGAUGCGACCCCUCCCCGAUCUACCCCUGGGGUGGGGUCAUCAGUGUCGACACCGGAGAGUCAGAAAGCGGCAUUGCUGAAGUACGGUUACGACCCAAGCCUUUGCAAAGAGGUUCUGGACCAAAAACAGGUGGAGGCGUUUAGACAACGGAGGCAGGCUAGAAAUCGACAAGCGUCAGGAGUCAACAGUGAAGAAGACGGUAAAAGAGAAACCACACCAUCAUCAGGAAGCAACAACGAUGACGACAUCAAAAUAGUAGGAGUGCAAGGUUUGUCAUCAACGAAGGAGGAGGAGGAUGAUAAGAAAGUUGCCAUGGAAACGGAUUUGAAGCGAGAGGGCAGUGUUUCCAAGUCGCUGAGUGAACUUGGUUUAGAAGAGACCAAGGAUGAGGACGAUAAGGACAAGAAACCUCCCAAGCCUAAAGUGACAGGGCCAAGAGCGAGGAAAUCAACAAACUCUCGGAUGAGACAACGUUACAUGGGUAGUCCUGGAAACUCAUUGGAAACGACACAGACACAGAAGAAGGAGGAGGAGGAAAAAGAUGAAAGGAAAUCAUCUCAUCCCAGCUUGAGAAGUCUGUAUGGUGAAACCCAUUGCUAUGUGAUGGAUGCUAAGUACAUGGGAAACCUUGGCAGAUAUCUCAAUCAUAGCUGCAGACCUAAUCUAUUUGUCCAGAAUGUCUUUGUCGAUUCACAUGAUCUGCGAUUUCCAUGGGUAGCUUUCUUUGCAGCUCAGUUCAUCAGAGCCGGAAGUGAGCUGAACUGGGAUUACAUGUACGAGGUGGGGUGUGUCCCUGGAAAAGAAAUCAAAUGUCUUUGUAAAAAUCCGGACUGCCGAGGGAGGCUUUUGUAACUAAUAUCGACAACUUGCACCGUGAAAACACAAACUGAAUCUGAAAUGAAACUCGCGUCCUUUUGGGCAAAGCUGUCCUUGAGUUGCAAGCGACUUCAUGAAUGACUGGUGAUCCUUUCUCAUGGUAGGUUAUACACAUCUGUGGUCCGUUGCAGAAAGAGUUGCGUUCAAACGCAAGUCCCAAAUGCGCGCUGUUGAU